GGCUCGUGCGGCCACGCGCAGCACCUGCCAUCGAGAAGAAGCCAACGCUAGACCGUCGUGUCGCUGCCCUAUAAGUGCUCUUCGAGUCGACCAUGCGCAGGGACCAUCCCCCCCACAGGCCCGCCAGCAGCGCCAGCAAUGACUCGAAGUCCAAACGCCCACCCUCUGCCGCUGACCACAACACAGACAGCGCUGCAGCGCAGCCCCAACAGCGGUACAGACGUAGCUUCGACGAGCACCCCGUCGGUCAGGAACUGGCCGCCGCCGCUUCGCGAUCCAACGACGCCGGACCCGCCGUCCAGCCAGUGGUCUGGACGCUUCGGCAGUACCGAAAGCGGUCCACCUCCGUGGAAGGACUUUCGUCCAGGCCGAGCGACACGCAAGACCGAGCCAAGGGUUCCGCCAUCGAAGCCCCUACGCCGUUAGCGAACGCGUCCGUCGCCCCGCAACGAGGCUAUCAGCGCCGGGGCUCCGUUGCGACGGGUACCGGUGCUGCGGUCCUCGUCGCCUCAUCGCACUCGUCCGAAGCGCCGCCUGUGGCUGAACCACCGUCGAGAGUGGCGGUGGACGUCGGCCGCGCUUCCGAAGAGGCCGCCAAGACCAAGACGUACGCUUCGAGCAGUCGCGCCUCGAGCGCAGCACGGUCCCCCCUGCACGACAAGGCGUCUAAGGAAGAAGUCGCCCAGCCGUCACUGGACGCGUCCGUUGGCGUCGCCGGCGUUCCGGUGCCUCUCGAACGCCGCGAUUCGCCUUCUGGGGCGACAAGGGAACCACCGACCGAGGACCGUCCCUUCGCGGCGCCCGUCGGACGGGUGUCCUUCCCAGCGGAGCAGGUGGACAGCACGAUGACAAUGACGGAGGGCCGCGUCGCUCGCUCUUCGGCACAGCGGGCGGCCGCCGAGUGUCCUUUACGGGGGAGGAGGUGGAAAGCACGACUUCGUCAUUGGCUACGGGCGCCGGUCAAAGCGGCCCUUCCGGACGGCGUCGAAGUCGCACCUUCACCGCAUUCUCCGAACAGAGCACAGCUCUUAGGCGCCCGUUGCUGCGUUGAGCGUGGGCACACCUCGGCAUCCCUCAUAACCAGGCGAACGAGCACAGAGGAGGAUGAAAGAGCGACUGCGAAGUGCAGUGGGUGAUGAAAAACUGCGACAGCGACGAAAGCGCGAGGAGGGAAGCAGAUGAGGAGGUUGCAACAGAACCAUAGGGCGGAGGAGGAGGGUAUGGCAAAAGCAUGAGAAGAAAAGUGUAGUGCCGCACAAGACAGGCUCCGCGGCAACAAUGGCUAGGAGAUGGUGCCAGAGUAGUGCGCAUCAGACAUAUGGAAACGAAGCGUUGCAUAAGCAGAGGUCCGUCUGUGGCGGCUGCUGUGAAUCGCACCCACGCAUCACCCACAUGCUGCCUCUCGCGAUCUCCGAAUUAGCGAGGCAGUCACGCCACACUCUACUCCGUUCGUAGGAUGCUGUACAAGACAGAUUGUCCAUACCAGCCAAUAUAUCGCAAAAUGAAAACGCGUGUAGAGCUGCACUCAAAUUUUGAAUUUUUUUUUAAAGAUAGUUUCGUUUUUAUACCCAACACCUGGCACUGUGCCAAGUCUCAUGAAAGUGAAACCGUCUCCAGAAGUCAUCACCCGAGAAUACCAUCCCAACGUGUAUAUGGAAAGUGCGAAAACAUGUGCGAAGAUCGAACCGAUCAGCCAUCAAAUGGCAUGCUGAUCGUAUUGGAUUCACCUGCUCACACACGCAGCUCAAAGCCCAGUGUCUACAUGCGAGCAGUGGUAACAGCAAUAGCAGUAGCAAAACUUCUGACAUGUCCAUCAUAGGCUUCCCGAUAUUGCGCGGGUAGAAGUACGAGACGAGACUUGCGAGGAGGCAUUGCCUUGUGCAACUCUGACGAGAAUGACAUCACAGAUGCUGCUGUGUCGGUGCUUGCAUUCGCAGAUGUGCUACAUAGCAACAACAACAUUCAGAGAUUCAACUGUGCAGGCGACGCCAUAGGUGACCUCCUUGCUGGCAUUGCUGUGCUCUAAAAGCUGACCAAUUUUUUUUUUUCUUGUGUAGGUGAUAAAUGACGCUUUAGCAUGCUGCCUGGUGAGAAUCAACGUACACGGUAUACUAAAUCCCUGCAAUAAAACAUGAU